CGCCCUGUCUGCUGUUGGAGAGCUCCUGAGGACCUGGCCAGGAAGGGGUUGUUUGUUCUUUCCUUCUUCCCUGCGCUUAGGGAGUGCUGGCUCGGCUUUCCCUCGCCCUGCCGCCGGUUGCCCUUUCCCCGGCUCCUGUAUCAGCUUUUCUUUGAAAUUCAGAGGUGGCGGGUACUGCUUCGUGCGGGAGUGAGGGGAGCGUCGCUCUUCAGCCCAGCCAACCCUCCGAUUGCCUGCGCCUCCAUGGGCCCGAACCGGAAGCCCAACGUGUGCAACCAGCUGAGUCGCCGGGCGCUGGGCUUCUUCGCGCGCGACGCAGGCGUGGUGCAGAGGACAAACCUAGGCAUCCUGCGGGUGCUGGUGUGCCAGGAAAGUACUAAAUUUAAAAAUGUUUGGACAACUCAUUCCAAAUCACCUAUAGCCUAUGAGAGAGGAAGAAUAUAUUUUGACAAUUAUCGGUGUUGUGUCAGCAGUGUUGCAUCAGAGCCAAGAAAACUUUAUGAGAUGCCAAAAUGUCCCAAGUCAGAAAAAAUAGAGGAUGCUUUAUUAUGGGAAUGUCCAGUGGGAGAUGUACUUUCCAAUCCAUCAGAUUAUAAAUCCUCACUCAUAGCCCUGACUGCUCAUAAUUGGCUACUUCGUAUAUCAGCGACUACAGGAAAAAUUCUUGAAAAAAUAUAUCUCGCCUCUUAUUGCAAAUUCAGGUACCUGAGUUGGGACACUCCUCAAGAAGUUAUCACAAUCAAGUCAGCUCAGAACAAAUGCUCAGUACUGGCGCAUCAGGCAGGCAUUCAGCAGACUGUUUUGUUAUACCUUGCAGUGUUCCAAGCUCUACCUUUUUCACUUGUAGGGAUUGUAGAGAUCAACAAAAGGAUUUUCGGGAAUGUUACUGAUGCUACUCUGUCUCAUGGAAUACUGAUUGUGAUGUACAGCUCAGGACUGGUCAGACUCUACAGCUUCCAAGCCAUCACUGAACAGUUCAUGCAACAGAAACUUGACUUAGGGUGUGCAUGCAGAUGGGGUGGGACUACUGGAACUGUAGGAGAGGCUCCCUUUGGCAUCCCUUGUAAUAUUAAAAUCACAGACUCGCCACCAUUGCUCUUUGAGGUGUCAUCUCUGGAAAAUGCUUUUCAGAUUGGAGGCCAUCCUUGGCACUACAUCAUCACACCCAAUAAGAAGAAACAGAAAGGAGUUUUCCAUAUUUGUGCCCUGAAGGAUAAUUCCUUGGCAAAAAAUGGGAUCCAAGAAAUGGACUGUUGUUCUUUAGAAUCUGACUGGAUCUAUUUCCAUCCUGAUGCAUCUGGUAGAAUAAUACAUGUUGGCCCAAAUCAAAUCAAAAUUUUAAAGCUAAAUGAAAUAGAAAAUAAUAGUUCUCAGCAUCAGAUCUCUGAAGAUUUUGUAAUUUUGGCCAAUAGGGAGAACAAGAAAGAAAACUUAAUCACUGUUACAGCUUCUGGACGGGUGAUAAAAAAAAGUUUUAACCUUCUGGAUGACGACCCAGAACAAGAGACUUUCAAAAUUGUGGACUAUGAAGAUGAAUUAGAUUUGCUCUCUGUGGUAGCUGUUACUCAAAUAGAUGCUGAAGGAAAAGCUCACCUGGAUUUCCACUGUAAUGAAUAUGGAACAUUACUUAAAAGCAUUCCACUAGUGGAGUCUUGGGAUGUGACAUACAGCCAUGAGGUCUACUUUGACAGAGACUUGGUGCUACACAUAGAACAGAAACCCAACAGGGUCUUUAGCUGCUAUGUUUACCAGAUGGUAUGUGACCCUGGAGAAGAAGAAGAAGAAGAAGAAGAAGAAGAAGUAGAAGAAGAAGAAAUCCUAAACACAAAUUGUUAAAAAGAGUGAGAUAAUUGUAGCCUAUGAGACUUUUGGCCAAACACAUUAGAAACUGUCCAGUCCUCUUUUAUUAUCUGAAUGGCACAUUCUACAGUUUGUGGGUUUUUUUCAGAAAAGGUCUUGUAUUAACUUCAGAUGACUAACAUUAAACUCUUGCCAUAAAAUUUGGUGAAGUUUUUUAGAAUGCUUCCCAAGAGGUCUAGCAUUUUGAAACUUCUAGCUAGGUGCUAACGCAAAUAUAAAAUGCUGAGUAAGAGAGGAGUAUGGGUUAAUACCACAUGUUACAGAGACAGGUAUUGCUGUGGAGAGGUUUAACAUGAUUUUUAAAGGAUAGUAUGAAAUUUUGAUUGAUAAGGCUAGGAGAGAGAGACAGAUAAAAAUAAAGAUGGGAAAAAUACAGAAAGAAAUCCUAUAUCCUCCAUAUCAAACUUUGGUAAGAUGAAUAAUGUGAAAGCCUACUUUUGAGCAUUAAAAGUGUGACAUCAUAGGUUUUUUUUUAAUUGAAUGUAUGUAUAUGUUUUAUAUUUGUGUAUAAUAUCAAGAAUUGGUUCUAGUUCCCAAAUUACCUUUUCUUCUAUGGUUCUAUUCUCUUGGCUUGACAUCCCUGUUAAAUAUUUUGUGUUUCUAUUAUAAACUAAUAUAAAAGACUCUAAGCAAUGUCAAAGGAAAUUUUUUUCUUAUCAGUAGCCUAUUUAAAUCUAAGAAUGUUGCUGUCAUUCAUCAUUCUACUUAAUGACUAUGACCAUUUCGUUUAGACAAUAUUUUCAUAAGUGUACAAGAAAAUAAAGGGACCCUGGCCUGUGCCAUUUCAGUUCCUCAUGGAAGAGUCAGUGAAGUCCCAGGAGGAGUUCUUCUUGGCUUGGGAAUUACCUGAUUAGCCAGAGAGAGUUUUUGGCUAUCUUAAUUAUGAAGGGAGUAUUUUUUUCUUCUGUUAGGACAGAUAUAAAUAUGAUACUUAAACUCCAAUCAUCAUCCUAAGAAUGUUAAAUGAAGGCAGCCUAAGUAAGGGAGAAAAAUGUUUGUUUAUGCUUUGUGUUCAAGACAUCCAGUUGCUUGCAAUCCACUUGAUCAACACAUUUCUUUGAUGCAGCAUCAAAAGACUAAGUAGUUUAAAAAAAAAAAAAAGGAACAGCAGUAAAAAUGAUUGCUGAUGCAAAUUUUAGGUUAAAUUUAAUGGAAUUUUAGCUUGGAUAAUUUACAUUGAAGUCCUUCAGUUCAGGCUUGAUGCCAUGUUAAGAAUUUAUAUGAAUUCUGUUCAGUUCUCUAUAUUUCAUACAAUGCAUUUUUUCAUUGUAAAUUUUUUGAAAGUUUGCAAAUAGAUUUCAAGUUUAUUAUAAUCAGUAGGAUUAAGGAGAGAAAGAUGCUGUAUAUUCAUGGAAGUCAAGGAAUCAGUAACAGGGUCUGUAAAAUUAAGAUAAAAAGAAAUCAUCUUUUGUGCAAUAGAAAAAAAAAUAUGUAAGUUAAAUAUCCCUUAUCUGAAAUCCCUGGGAUCAAGAGUACUUUGGAUUUAAAUUUUUUUCCAGUUUUAGAAUAUUUGUAUGUACAUAAUGAAAUCUUGGGAAACAGGACCCAAAUUUAAACAUAAAGCUCUUUUAUGUCUCAUGUACCUUAAAUACAUACCCUGAAGGUAAUUUCAUGCACUAGUUUCAGUGAACCCAUGUUUUGACUAUUGACCCAUCACAUGAGGUCAAGUAUGGAAUUUUCCACUUAUGGCCAUCUUGUCAGUGCUCAGAAAGUUUUAGAUUGUAGAAUAUUUUGGAUUUGGGAUUUCCAUAUUAGGAAUGCUUAACCUGUACUGAUAUUUGAGACUGUGGUAAAAUAUAUAUGGGCUAAAAAUAAGUCUUUCUAAAUCUAAUUCUAUGUGUAAUAACCAUCUGGAAAAAUAGAAGUGAUUACCUCAUGAACAAGAUGAUAAAAUUAUCUUUAUAUGUUAAAUUCCAGUGCUGUCAUAUCUACUAACUGAAAAAUCCAUUCUCAUUUUAUGUGUAUUUAAUAGUACCAUUUACUAUCUCUGAAACUUCAAAAGACAUGAUUAUAAUUACAGAAUAGUUGCAUAGUUAGUGUGCUUGAUAUUGCCUCAAAUUUGUUUUGGUUUUUUGUUUUGUUAAGACAGGGUCUCACCAUGUAGUUCAGGCUGACCUUGAACUCUCAAUGUAGCUCGGGCUGGCUUCACACUCGUGAUGCUCUUCCUGCCUCAGCUCCCAAGUACUGGGAUUACAAACGUGUCACCAUGCCUGGCUGAUACUACCCCAAACUUUUCACUGUACUAUAUCUGCAUUGUCCUGCCUAAUAAAUUUGUAUCUUGGCCAGGGAUUUAGCUCAGUGGUUUCACCACCUGCUGCACAAGCUCAAGGACCCAAGUUCAAUCCCCAGUACCAAAAAAAGAUAAAUUUGUAUCUUGAAAAAAAAAGUAGUUUGGUAAAAGGAGCACAAUACCAAAGAAUAGAAAGUAACACAGUGUAGGUUUCAGAGCAGGUACAGUACUGUGUAACAGCAGAAUGUCUGCUCUUAAUUUGAAAUAUCUUUAGACUUCCAUCCUGGCCGAGACUGUUUUUAAGGCAGAUAUUGAGUUUCUCCUGCUUGAAAUCUUCACCACCUUUUGGUAAAAUGGUGGAAAGGCACUCAGCACUCAGGAAGGCAUUUGAGAAAUAUCUGAGAUCCCUGGAUUUUUUUGGCAGGAGCAAGGGUUGAGAUACUUCUAGUCUAGAUAUAAAGUGACUAUUAAAAAAUUCCUAAUGUGUUACCACUGCCAAAAUCAAGUAGACCAGGGUCCAGAAGCCACAUGGACUAGGCAGCAAAUAUUUCUAGUGUGAACAAUAGUAGAGUUUUGGGCAGAGUAACAGAUAGCAGAGCUGUGCCCCAACUAGACAGAUAAGCUGCAGCUCCUGUGCCUCAUUCCAGCUGAUUGUAAGAGUGAAUGGGAAUGUAGGCUACACGAUUGUGGACAGGAUGGUUGCUAAAAAGAUGCCAAAGACACAAAGGAUAACAAAGAUUGUGGGAAAUUGAGGUACUACAAAUAGCAAAAGACAAUACUGCACACUCCCCCCAAAGACGUGGUCAUCCCAACAUUCCAGUGUCAAGUGGUUGUUCAUUCUGCCACCUGCCAGACUGGGGUCAGGGGAAUGGUGGUUAAUACCUUCCUGCCCCACCCUAACCCUUCUCUGCCUGUUUUAGUGACUCUACAACUACUAAAGUAUUGCCCACCUACUUACCAUGUGCAAGCAACAGGUACAAAGCAUUGUGGGUGACAUGUUCUCUUCAUUAUGUUCACUUCACCAAGGGAAACAAGGUAACGUCUCAGCAAAUACAGACAUUAAGCUGAAAAGAAGUGCAUUUCUGCAUUUCCCUCCUUGAUCUAAGUUUCUGUAUUCUCAUACUAUCCCUGCAGCAAGCUUAUUGUUCUUUGAUUUUCUACAGUAUUUCUCACAACUUGAGAACACAAAUCCUGUCACAGUACUUGAGCUAACAAGUAAGGAGAUAAUAUUGUUCUAUUUAAGCAAAUUAAGGCACUAUACAUUCUUCAAGUGUUUGAUGUCUUAUAUAGUUGUGUGGUUUUUUUAAUGGAAAUUUUCAGGGAGGCUGAGGCAGGAAGAUCACAAGUUUAGGCCCAGCCUGGACAAUUUAGCAACUUAGACCAGGUCUCAAAAUAAUAGUAAUAGGGCAAGGGAUUUAGCUCAGUGGUUUUGCCACCUGCUGAGCAAGCACAAGGACCUGAGUUUGAUCCCUGGUACCAUAAAAUAAAAUAAUAAUGAUGAUGAUGAUGAUGAUAAAUAAUAAUAAAAAGGGUUGGGGAAAUAGCUCACUGCAUAGGCCCUGGGUUCAAUCCCAGUAUGACAAGAAAAAGAAACCUACCAGUCCUUGUGAUAUAUGUAAAAGUAGACAUCUCAUUUCAUAUUCAAAAUAACCAUAUGUGAUAAAAACUACCAUUAUCUUCCCCAUUUUACAAAUGAAGAAAGUGAGACUUAUAGAAGUUAAUUUUCCAUAGUUCCCACAACGGUAAGUGCAGAGACAGGAAACAUAUAGAUUUGGAUGACAGACAUGCUAGAUCUUCUCCAAAGAUCUCAAAAAGCAGUUGAUGCUAUUUUAUCUCACAUAUAGCUUACUGACAGUUAUAAUGUUGGAUACAUAGGGAAGUGUUUCAUGUCUUUUUUAAAAACUUUGGUGCUGCUGGGGAUCAAACCCAGAGCCUUGUGUAUGGUAAGCCAGCACUUUUAACCACUAAGCUAUAUCCCCAGCCCCAGUAUGUUAUUUUUAAUUUUUUAAUGAUGAUGGAAUAUCCAAGUUUUGGACAAAGUUUGGAUAAGAAACAAUUCACACAUACAUAACUUCACAGAAAAGAUGGUCCUUCAUUCACUAGUUAGAAGUCAUUUCGAAAUGAUACUCAUUUUGUUUGUAGUGACAGUAAAUACCAGUACUAGCAGUUACUCUUAUGUAAUUUGGCUUCCAUUUCAAUAAUUGUUAUAUUCUUUUUCUUACCAUGUAAGAAAGUAUACAUUUGCUGAGUGUUUUCAAAUAUGUAACCUAAACCUUUCUGAAAAUUUAGAACAUGCAAUUAUCCGGAAGAUUUUCCACUUCCCCAGCCUGGUCCACCCCUACCACCUCUCAGGUACAACUACUGCUCUGAUUCUUUUGUAUCCCAGGUUAAAUUUGCCUAUCAUAAAACUUAAUAAAAUUUCUUUCAACAUAAUGCUUUUGAGAUUUA